AUGACAGCAGACGUCAGUGAUUUUGGCAUUGCAGAGAUUCUAGUUGGUCUGAAUUCUUAUACUCUUACAGCAACUCUCAGAACCACCGGAUACAUUGCACCAGGGUUAGAGUUCCAUGGCUUAUGGGCGAAAAUUUUCAGAAAUGCAGCAACUGUGUCCAGGAAACGUGAUCAAAUUGAGACUGAAUUUCAUCAUAACAUUGAGACUUUCAGAGAAAAAUUUCAAAUGAUAUGCACAUGCCUUAAGUCAAAGCCCACACAGAACGUGGUUUUUCCUCCUAAGUCAUUCAAACUGACAGCUGUAGACAUGGUUAGUUCAGCCGAGCAACUCCUACAUUGUCAGAAGAGGGGAGACACUGCAGAAUUUGUGGUUAUAUUUUUGUUCCUUAGAAAUUUGUUUCUGCUACAUCAAAUAUUAGUAGGUCUGGAACUCCCUCAGCAACUUGGUUCAGCCGAGCAACUGAUGUGGUCUGGAACUCCCUCAGCAACUUGGUUCAGCCGAGCAACUGAAGAAGCCUACCUAAGCAGAAGAGGGAGAGAUUUACACUGUCAGAAUUUGUGGUUAUAUAUAUUUUUGUUCAGCCAAGUAGAAGCAGAAGCGAAAGAUCCUCCAGCAAGAAGUCAAACAACGCACAAACAGCAACUUGGUUCAGCCAAACAACUGAAGAAGCAACCAAAGCAGAAGAGGAAGAUUACAAUGUCAGAAUAUUUUUGUUUCUUAGAAAUUUGUUUCUGCUACAUCAGACUAUGUAGGUCUGGAACUCCUUCAAUCAAGAGCACACUGACGAAAGAACCUCCAGCAAGAAAGUCAAACAACGCACAAAGGCACAAGAUCUUCAACAGGGUGCAACACCCAAAUUUCUUCAGUAAAGAGAAAAUCGUGCACCAAGGCUCUGCUGUGAACAGCAGCAACAUCCAGAAGCAUGCGCAUUAAGGCCUAAACAGGCACCGAGGCUAACCAAGAUGAACGCACCAAAGGUGCACCAAGGCCCACCAAUAGAGAAAAACAAAGUAUAUUGCUAUAUCGAAUUUAAAGUAGCAGAACUCAUUGGGGUCAGUGAAUAAAUUUUAUUAUGAAACUCAUAAGCUCUUUCUCACAAUCAAGAUUUGAUGCUAUUUAAUAUAUGCAGAUAUCCAAAAAUGUCUUUUUCGAGGCACUUCUAAUAUGUCUUGAUGAUAAAGGUUGGCAAAGAUUUUCAUUUUGGACAAAAGAUUGAGCCUUGAGCAAGAGAUUUUUGAAGUGGUCAAGAGAUUUUUGAAGUGGUCUACUCAACAUUACAGUAUUCAUUUUAGACAAAGCUUGAGCACCCAGCGGUCCACAACCCGAUAAAACAUCAAGAGACUAGAUAAACAACAAACCCCUUAAUUGGCAAACAACUGGAGAACAUUCUCCAUACUACACCAAAUUAAGGAACACAAAUACGACAACCCAGGUGGAUCACACACCUAAUAUCACGGUUGUCACAAAAACACACCUCUAGCUCUUGAUCUGCCGAGUGACACCAAACCUCACCCUCCCGAUCCAAACAUACCAAUAGAUGCCCAAAAUUAUCUAGGAUGAAUACCGUAGAGAGAAUAAAUCACUUAAGACAAUCUGCUGAGGCAAUCUCAGUGACACUGCUGAUCCUUUAUCUUACCAAGAGCCAACAAACCUAUAUGGUGUCCACCGGCAGUGUUUGUGAAAAAUUAAUGUCCUCAACAUUCAACCCCAAAUGCAUGUCAUAGACGUGCAUAUCUUCCACCGACCACCUUGCGGAAGACAUCGAAGGCGAAGGCACUGAGAGUCGGUGACAACGGCGUUCUUCACGGUAGAGCUCAAGUAAGUCUCAGACAUGUUCAUAAGAACUAAUGGUCGAGAUCUCCUCAGAGAGGGGGGUGUGUCAGAGGAAGGACGCAGUGACUACUGAGUGCACCAAAAAGGAAUUGCUCCACAAAGAAACUCUCAAAGUGGCAGAUUGGCGACGGCAGAUCUAGCUCCUUGUUCAUUAAAAACCAGAGAUCCAAGGAAUGGUGAUGCAUGGCAGAUCGAGCCUUGCAACAAACACUCUUCAGAGAAGCAACAUAUUUUCGCAAAGGACAGCCUCAAGCUUCAGCAACCAGAUGAUAUUCUCCAGUAAGAAACUCGGUUCCUCAAUUUGAUUAAAAGGAAACUGGAUCCUGCAGAAACUGGCUCUGGUAUUAGGAAACUUCAAUUUCUGGAACUCUCAAUAAGAGCACAAUAACGAAAGAUCCUCCAGCAAGAAGUCAAACAGGGCACCAAGGCACUUCAACGGAGUACAACACCCAAAUUUCUUCAGUAAAGGGACAAAACCGUGCACAAGGCACAAAUCCAAGCUGAUAACAAAGCAAUGAGCAACUUAAGAAAUGGCACCAAGGCCCCAAACUCUGCUGUCAACAGCAGCAACAAACUUACGAAACAGGCACUAACGCCUAACCAGUAAACAGGCACAAUGGCCCCAAACUCUGCUGUCUCUGUCAAUAGCAGCAACAAACUUACGAAACAGGCACUAAGGCCUAACCAAUGAACAGGCACAAAGGCCCCAAACUCUGCUGUAAACAGAAGCAACAAACUUACGAAUCAGGCACUAAG